CCGCAUCUUCCACGCGUUCUGACAUUUUCUUCUACUCCUGGGCUUUAUAAAAAGGUAGGGCUUCCUCAUUUUUCCCCCUACUUUUUUAGCACGAAAUUCAGCGAAAAAAAUGAAAUUGGGUCUUCCUAUUGCACUGUCGCUUGGCUUCCUCGCCGCGCCAUCAUUGGCCGUGUCCAUCUUGCCUGCGAACCCUUGCGUACCCCAAGGUACAUCCUUCUCAUGCCCCAGUGUCUAUAGUGGCGCCAUCGGCGCGUCCGCGUCGCCGAGUCCCGCUACCGCGGCCGGCAUCCAAUCCCUUUGGGCGUUGCGCGAUAACAUGCAUCAACGCUGGCAGGCUCUGGACGCGGCCUGCGAUCCAGAUGCCGUGUUUGCGCUUACUUAUUUGUUUAUGACCGACUCUGUUGCAUCUCACGUUGCCAACAAUUACUUUGAUUUCAAUGAGGACAUGGUCACAUUUACUCGUACUUUUGCGAAUUACUACCUCACCGCCAUUGAUAACUGGCACAAUGGGAACCGCAGUCAAGUUCCUCAGGCGUGGAAGACUGCCUUCAGCAAUGCCGAAGCUCAGAAGACCCUUGCGGAGCAAGAUCUGUUUCUUGGCAUGAAUGCCCACAUCAAUCGCGAUCUUGCGUAUGUCGUGAACGACUUGAAAAUGAAGAACGACCACAAACCCGACUACAACCGAAUUAACGACAUUCUGCAGGAAACUGCAGAGCCCGUAAACACGCAGAUUGUGUGUCGUUACUCUGGCAACCCGCUCCAGACCAACCCCAUCCUCGGAGCCGCCCUCCUGGAAUUGAUCACCGGCUGGCGCGAAAAUGCUUGGCAGAAUGGCAAGCUGAUGCAAUUCAAUCCUCUCCAGAAGAUUGUUGUUGACACUGCGGCAGCCGCCAUUGCCAAUUUGUUUGCUGUUAACCUUGGCACGAAUGGUCAACGUGUCCAAUACUGUCAGUCGCAACAAGCGGCCAACGCCUGCCCUCCCCUUCAGUUGACCAACCACUAGAUUGUCUCCUUUGACUAUUUUUAUGCUUAAAAAGUAAUCUUAGAUUAGCGUUUUUUAAUUCGUUACUUUAGUAUUCACUUUUUAUUCUCUUUACGAGAGCCAUAUCCUACAACGAAUAGAUUAAUCUGCUCAACA